GCGCUUUCUGUGCCGGACGCUGGAAGGGUGUGGUCUAAACUUUGCCCAGACCUACCAGUAUCGUUUCCUCUUUUCUGAAGAGAACUGGAGGUAGUUAGUUUGGAAUUCUACCUUCAGCGAUACUUUUCUUUUGAAUCACCCAACACACUGAAAAAUAACAUGCUCUGGACUCCUUCAUGAAAAACUUUCUCAUCAAGACGUCCCCAGGCUAGCCUACCGUAAUUACCGUAGUAGGCAGUCCAACCCCCACGGCAAUGCAGAAAGAGGGUAAACAAACACUGCUUUACUAUACAGGAUUCAUGUGAACAUUACAGGAGGAUGCACUUGUACAGAAAAAGGCAGAAAUAUUGCCAGAAACACCUGAGCUGCUGGACCCAUUCUCAUCUCUGCUUGAAGAUCUGGGGAUCAAGAUACAAGAUAGACGGGGUAGACGGAGUGAAGUGAAAGUGUUUAUGAACAGAACGCCGAGACCAGAAGCUUUCUUUUUCUUUUUUUUCUCCUCCUGCGUAAAGACCACAAGCGGAGGCUAUCCACAUCGGAUCUGCUUUAAUAUCAACAGAUCUUCGAUUAAGUAGCAUGCAGAUUUUUCUUGAAAGUAAAAUGUAUGGAUGUGAAGUGACAGCUGAAGUGAUAACCCAGGCCAUCGCAAUUUGUCAAAUGUCCUGUUGAGAGAACCAAUGGCAUUCCAAAUACCUAUAUCAUUUCCCAUUCCUGAAUUGGAGCCAAGGAAAACAAAUCCGUUAAUACAAUGCAUUGUUGACAACAAAUCAAACAAACUGAAGAAACUAGUUAGAGGAAUCAAUAUUAAUGGACUGUAUUCUUCUGCAAUCUGGAAUGAUGACGUUACCCUGCUGACAGCAGCAGUUGUGUGUGGGAAUGAAGAGAUUUGUAACUUUCUACUUGGAGAAAAUGCAGAUCCCAACAUACUGUCCACAAACGGCCUAACAUCUCUCCACUACGCUGCAAAUACAGCAGGAGUUCCACUGAAUAUUGUGAGAAAAUUAAUAGCUGCAAAAGCUAAUCCAAAUGGUCAUCGUCAGCAAAUAAUGACACCAUUACAGUGUGCUGCCAGGAAAAACAGAGUGGACAUAUUCAAAACACUUAUAGAAGCUGGUGCUGACCCUGAAAUAAAUUAUAGGAUAAUUCCUGAUCUUGAUAAAAAAGUAGAGACUCUUAUGAAUAAAUUACCUGCAGGAAAUGAAGCUGUAGAGAAAUGCAGAAUGUUUUUCAAUUUUACUACUAUGGUUCUCAAAAAAACUCAGCCAGAGGUUUUUAACUUCUGUAGGGAACAUUUUCUUGAGGAACAUCCUUUUACCCUUCUUGCACUUUUUGAAAGAUACUUUAAUGUUAUGGGCAGAUCAGCAGAACAAUAUCAACAAAGUAGCAUAAAGUGGUUGAAAGACUCCAAGAAAACGGACACCUACAUCCAGGGAUUUAUCAAACGCUUUCCCAGAAUUCCUCAUGAAUAUAGGAUGAUGGCACUGAACAGCCUAAAUGCUGUAAUUUGCAUGAUGAGAGAAAUAUCCCCUCAGAUAUUUAAUGAGCUCGUACCCAUUCUGAUCCAAGGUUUACUGCUCACUAAUACAGUGCAGGGAAAUGUGUUCAAUCCCCAAAUACUCAGUAUUCUUUGUGUGACUAUGGACAAGUUCUCUAAGCGAAAACCUACAGCUGAUGGUAUUAACCCUGUUGUUCUUGAAGAGUUUUGCAAUGCACUUAUGCCUCUCACUGAGCCUAACUGCUCAACUAAUGUCAUCGUUCUUGUUUACCGUUUGUUUGCUGCCCUGUAUGAAUUUGUCCCAGAGCACAUUCAUUCUCGUGGAUUAACCUCAGUGCCUGAGAGGGUUCUUUUUGCUGUAGACAUCAGAACAAAUAAUGUCGUUAAAGAUGAACUGCGAAAACUGGACACAAAUCUCAGAUUUCCCCAAAGUUCAAGCUUAGGUAAUGUAGCAGACAGCACAUCAUCAAAGAAGAAAAAGAAGAAAAAAAAGAGGAAAGGCAUGCAGCAAGAGACAAGCUCAAAAGAAGAUGCUGUACAAAAAUCAAAACUUGAUUCAGGUACUGAAAAGACUUCAGUUGAGGAGUCAAACUCCACCGUGCAUCCAUUUGCAGCACAUACUGAGGAUUCAUCAGUGCCAAGAAAAUGGCAUUCAAUCAGCCAACGCUGGAAGCCCAAGCUAGAGAAACUUGCUAGCAUGGAAGCAAGUAAGGUUUAUCGCCUGAGGAAUCUCACAAUUGGUGAUAUCCCUGAAUUUGAGAUAGCUAAAGGAAGUGAUGGAACACAGGUUUUUCUUGGACUGAGAGAUGACGGCACUGAGGUAGCUGUCAAACGAAUGUUAAAGUCCAAUUAUCAAGACCUCAAAAAUGAAGAGGAAUUUCUACGGCUUCCUGAGCUCGACAAUCCUUGGAUUGUGCGAUAUGUGGACUUUGCAGAAGAUGACAAAUUUGGGUAUCUUGUCCUUCAACUUUGUGAAUACACACUGGAGGAGUACAUCCUAAACCGUUUGCCAGAAGACCGUUCUCUGCAGCUACAGGUCCUGAAGAAAAUUGUAAAAGGAGUACUCCGUAGCCUACAAGUUCUUCAUAGCCAAGAUACCAUUGUGCUUCAUCGAGACAUGAAACCUCAAAAUGUUCUGAUUGAUAUAACUGGAAAGGCGAGAUUGGCUGAUUUUGGCAUAAGUCGAAAACUGAAGUUGGGGGAGACGACUUGCCGCACUAAUCCUGCUGGGACAAAGUGCUGGAAAGCCAGCGAAACACUUGAUGAGGACAGUAACCAUGGCUACAAGAGGAGUUCUGACAUUCAGGUUGCAGGAAUGUUGGUGUAUUACAUCCUCUCCAUUGGACAUCAUCCGUUUGGCAAAAGUGUCUGGUGUGAGGUGAAUAUUCUUCGUGGGAAGUACUCUCUGGAACACCUGGAGGAUGAAAUAGCAAAGGACUUGGUGGAGUGGAUGAUCAGUCAUGAUCCAAAGGACAGACCUAAAGUAGAGGAGACUCUUUGCCACCCGUUCUUUUGGACAGAUGGACGGAAAGUGGAGUACUUAAAAAGGCUGGGGAAUGAAAAGGAUGUGGAGAACUGCCGCAAUGCUGAGCCAGACCUCCUUUCUGCUAUAGAGGAAAUUACAGCAGGGAAAAGCUUCUCAGACUGGAAAACAAAAUUGCCCUCUGAGCUUGUGCAAAAAAUGGAUGGUAAGAAAAAGCCCUACCCAGAGAACACACUUGGCCUGCUGCGCUUCAUCCGGAAUCUGCAUGAGCAUUAUCCUGAAGAUGCCGAGAAGUUAAAUCUGAUGACGUCAUUCCCUGACCUUUUUGGAAAUGCUUUCAAGUUUGCCAAAAAGAGAGGAUGGCACACCAGACCACGUCUGAGAAAAUGGCUUCGCUCAGUACCAGAGCUUUAACAGGACAAAACUGGACAGUGUAUACUCGUAUAGGAGUAUAUAGGAGACAACUUGUAAUAUGUUGAUAUUAUAACUGCUUAGUUAGACCCUUCUGUUUUAUUGGUAGUUAAACAGGGCCAUCUAGUGGUGAUUUAGUUAUGCAGUAAUGCCUGGAUGUUGCCUGUGUGUGUCAGUCUUACCCCUUUUCCACCAAAUCAGUUCCAGGGCUGGUUCGGGGCCAGUGCUGGUGCUGGUUCACAACUUGUUCAACUUGCGAGCCAGCUGAGAUCCAGUUUGCUUUUCCAUAGCUCGGAGUGCUAAGGGGAGCCACGUCAUUACGUUACUGUAUACGUCAGUUACGUCGCUGUAUAUGUCAGUUACGUCACUGCGUUUGCAUAAACCUUGGCAUGAACAUCGAAGUAACAACAACACGGAGAAGAGAAGCAGCAACAACAAUAAUGGAUGACUUCGCGUUUGUACAGCUGCUGUUUCUCGUCGCUUAAAAAUGGCGACCUUUCGCGGUCUUGCUAUUGUUGUCGGUCUUAAUACUCCACCACCACUACUGACGUGAGCGAUUUUUUUCCCUCUGGCCCAGCAAAGAGUUGGUGCUAGCCUGGAACCGUUUUUUUCUGGCCCCAGAGCCAGUUCUUUGUCAGUGGAAACAGAAAACCCGGUUCCAAACUAAGCACUGGCCCCGAAUCAGCCCUGGAACUGCUUUGGUGGAAAAGGGGCAUCUAGAGUUGCAAUAAAGAGGUGCAGACGUGUGGAA